AUGUCUGUCUUUGCUAUUCUCCUCCUGGUUUACGCUUCAUUGGCAAAGGCAUCACACCCUGUCUGCCACCUGAUGGGGAUGCCAGAGGCACCUUUGCUAUCGAGAGAAGGGGAUGUGGUGAUUGGAGGCGCCUUCUCAAUUCACAGCAAAAUCACACAUCCCCACAUAACCUUCACAGAGAAACCUGCACCUGUCCAGUGCUCUAGCAUAAACUUCAGAGAAUUCCGCUUUGCUCAGACAAUGAUUUUCGCCAUUGAAGAGAUAAACAAUAGCAGCACUUUACUUCCUAACGUAUCCAUAGGUUAUAAAAUAUAUGACAGCUGUGGCUCAACACUACUGUCCAUAAGGUUAGCCAUGGCUUUAAUGAAUGGGCAAGACGCCACAAUGGAGGCAUCAUGCUCUGGACAGUCAGCAGUGCAUGCCAUUAUAGGAGAGUCUGAGUCUUCCUCUACUAUUGUGCUCUCCAGGACAACGGGACCCUUCAAAAUACCUGUGAUUAGCCAUUUUGCCACGUGUGCCUGUCUGAGCAACAGGAGAGAGUUCCCUUCCUUCUUCAGGACCAUCCCCAGCGACUACUACCAGAGCAGAGCCCUGGCCAAGCUGGUCAAGCACUUUGGUUGGACCUGGGUCGGGGCCGUGAGAAGCGACAACGACUACGGAAACAACGGCAUGGCCACGUUCUUGGAGGCUGCCCAGAGGGAGGGAGUGUGUGUGGAGUACUCGGAGGCCAUCCUGAGGACCAGCUCUCGCGAGCGGAUCUCCAGCGUGGUCGAGCUGAUCAAGACGGGCACAGCUCGGGUCCUGGUGGCCUUUCUGGCUCAGAGCGAGAUGGAGGUGCUACUGGAGGAGGCCCUACUCCAGAACGUCACGGGACUGCAGUGGAUAGCCAGCGAGUCCUGGAUCACAGCCAGGCACCUCGCCACACGCAGGACGGCCAGGGUCAUCAGCGGGGCCCUCGGCUUCACCAUUAGCAGGUCCACGAUUCCCGGCCUUAGCGACUUUCUCUUGAAAGUCAGCCUGUCGGAAAACAGCUCCGUUGUGAGGGAAUUCUGGGAGACGGCAUUCCAAUGCAAGUUGUCCGGAGAAAGUGAGACAAAAUUCCCGAGGCAAUGUUCAGGUUCGGAAAACCUGGCAGAGCUUAAAAAUCCCUUCACUGACGUUUCAGAGCUAAGGAUCUCUAAUAAUGUGUAUAAGGCCGUGUACACGGUGGCCCAUGCGGUGCAAAACCUUUUGGGCUGCACAGGUGAUGAGCACCGCUCAGAUAACAGCACACAGAACAGAGAGUGUAAACUGAGAGAAAAUGUUAAGCCAGGUCAGGUAUUACGUUAUUUGCAUGGGGUGAAUUUUUCCAUGCCUUCUGGAGAGGAUGUCUAUUUUGACCAAAAUGGAGACCCAGCUGCCAGAUACGAGUUGGUAAACUGGCAGAAAACGGCAGCUGGAGACACAGUGUUUGUGACCGUUGGGGAGUAUGAUGCCUCGCUGCCUGAAGGUCACCAGUUUGCCAUGAAUAGCGUCGAUAUCGUUUGGGCUGGCGAUACCAAGUCAAGACCAAGGUCUGUGUGCAGCGAGAGCUGCCUACCAGGAUAUCGGCAGGCAGUGAUCCGAGGAAGGCCUGUUUGCUGCUUCUCCUGUGUGCGGUGUGCUGAUGGAGAGAUCAGCAGUACAGUGGAUUCAACUGAAUGCACAAAGUGUUCGCUGAAGUUCUGGUCCAAUGAAGACCGCAGCCGCUGCACUCCAAAGCAAACAGAGUUCCUCUCUUUCACCGAGAACAUGGGCAUCAUCCUGACUACGUUCUCACUCGCCGGGGCGUGCUUCACCAUCGCCGUGGCAGUUGUGUUCUUUUGUUUCAUCGACACACCCCUCGUCAAAGCCAGUAAUUUAGAGCUCAGCUUCUUGCUCUUGUUCUCCCUCACCCUUUGUUUUCUCUGUUCACUCACAUUCAUUGGCCAGCCCUCUGAGUGGUCUUGCAGGCUAAGGCACACAGCCUUCGGGAUCACUUUUGCUCUCUGCCUGUCCUGUGUUUUGACUAAGAACAUGACCGUUGUCAUGGCUUUUAAGGCCUCUGUGCCAGGGACGGGUGUUCCUCAGUGUUCACUGCCCUUUCAGAGACUAAGCGUGCUCUGUUGCACUCUUGUGCAAGUGAUCAUUUGUGCCCUGUGGAUAUCACUGGCUCCCCCAGUCCCUUACAAAAACAUGGCCUACUCCAGUAAUAAAAUCAUACUGGAAUGUCGCCUUGGGUCAGCCAUUGGUUUCUGGGCUGUGCUGGGAUACAUUGGACUCCUUGCUGCCCUCUGUUUCAUUCUAGCUUUUUUGGCUCGUAAACUACCAGAUAACUUCAAUGAGGCCAAAUUCAUCACGUUCAGUAUGCUGAUAUUCUGUGCAGUCUGGAUCACUUUUAUUCCAGCUUACGUCAGCUCCCCUGGAAAGUUUACUGUAGCUGUAGAGAUAUUUGCCAUGCUAGCAUCUAGUUUUGGUCUCCUUUUUUGCAUAUUUCUCCCUAAAUGUUACAUAAUCUUAUUCAAACCAGAUAGGAAUACAAAGAAACAUGUAAUGGGUAAAGCACAUGUGAAAUCCCAAUGA